GUCAAGCAAGGUAACGUUGUACCGUAGAUACACAACCGGCUGGUUGACUGUACGUGCCAACCUAAACCGUAGCUUUCACAUUUAACCUGUCAACCGAGCGAGGCGUCAGGUGUACAAAGGAAUAACAGCCCUCAAACGUAAAUCACCGUCGUUUUAUUUAGUCCGGCGAAAGAACAAGAGCUUCGCAUGACUUCGGGCUGCUCGUAAGGCUGUAUCGUCCUUUGGUUGCCCUCGACCACACUCUGCAGACCGCGACAAGCGUGGGUCUACCAGCACCGGCCUUGAUGAGCAGAGAUCUCAGUCACUGAGGGCGGAGCCUAAUGGAUCAUGGUGGUCAGUGUGAGUGGGAGGCUCCGGUCAUGUCCCAGUGUGAGGGGGAUCGAAUUUGUGACAACCCGCCAUGCCCCAAGCCCCUUGGCAGCCAGAACCUUAACCUGACAGAGACGCGUGCACCCUGUCGGACAAACACACUCCCACGAGAGCACUCCCCAGUGGAGGACAUCGGGGUUUGCAAACCCGGGCAGAGUCCCUCUAACAACAACGGUGUGGUCCCGGACACCUUCCCAUUAGGGAGCAGAGGCGACGAGGACGAAGGAGAAGAUGAGCUGAUGAAGGAGGUGGAUGAAUCAGAGGAAUCCUCCGGUUUUAUUGACUCCCGGUCGCCAAGCACCCCCAUGACCGACUCCUCCUUCUCCGAAACCGGCAGUCUGCUAGAGACCCCCUUCAGCCCAGGCACCAGCCCAGUGCCCCCCUCUCCUCUGAAUAUUGGGGCUGCUCCCGGAGCCUCGUACCCUCUAUAUGGCCCAGUGCAACCCGGUCAGCAGGAUCCAGACGUGGACUCCCGUUUCCCAAACACUGUGUCUGGAGAUGCAGGUGGAGGAUUUGUUUCCUGCACCGCUGGGCUCACCUUCACGACUGGACCUGUUGGUUCUCCUCGAUUAACAUGCACAUCAACCUCGGGGCCCGCCGGCCCUUCCACGCCCCUGUGCAUCGAUGGAGCCAUAACAACCGCCGGGAUAGAGGCUUUGAACUCAUCGAGUUGGUCCACUACCUCGGAGACGGUGCAUUCCACCGGGCCUACCUGUAGCAACGCAUCCGUCCUUGGUUCGGACGGGGAACCUAUGCCUCCCACAACAGAACAGCACGUCAACAGAAGCUUGCCAUGUAGAUCUCUCCACUUCUGUUGCAGGACAAUAGGCGCCACGACCGAAACCCCUGGUACUCAACCCACCCCCUGCAGCACAGAACCCUUCUACUCUCAAACAGCACCCAAAGGAUCUGUCUCCCUUGUCACCUGCGCCAAGGGGCCCUCCACCUCCUCCACACCCGGGCACACCUCCAUGUCUGCUCCCACCUCGGCUACAGGACCCACUCCCCGCCCUGCUUUGCUGGCCUGUCUGGAGCAGUUGGAGCACAGGGCAGAUGAUAACCACCUGCCGCAGUACCUCCACCAGAUUGCUGAGGCCUUUGUGAACCAGGAAGACUACCGGAGAGCUAUUUGGUGCAUACAGUUGGAGAGGCUCUAUCACCAGAGACUACUGGAAAACCUCAGUUCUCUACAGAAGCAGUGGGAACGCAGCUGUAGAAGCACCUCGACCUCUGAUCUGGAAACCCAGCUCGACACCCUCGCACACGUCUGUCAGACACACAACAGACCGGCUGCUAGCAAUGCUCUGUGUGCGUCUUUAGAGCUUCUGAAGGCUUCUAUGACUCACGACGAAAAGCCUCCGGGUGAGCUGACCUCAUGCACCUCAGGCCAUUUGACUGAAGGAGAGUUGGAGGUGGGGCAGAUCGACACCGAAACCCGCCUCUCGGGGAAGAUGCAACCAAUCAAAUCCUCUACAGGCAUGGAUCAUUUUAAUGGUGUGCGGCCGACAGCUGGAGAGGAGAGCGCUGGAACAAGCAACGGACUGGGAGGGAGAGCGGUUCACACAGCUCCACCUAUCACAGCAGGAAGUGAGAUCCCCCCCGCCACCGGGGCAGAAAUGGACCGGUCCAAACCUGCUGGGAGCCAGGGUUUGGAGGGAGAGGCAACACAGGAGAAGUACAGAGAGGAAGAGGAGGAGAGGGGAUCAUGGGAGUCUCAAGAGGAUGCACAUGCUCUGGAGAUGGAGGAUAAGGGGGGAGGAGGAGAGGUGGAGGAGGAGGGGGGAGAAGCUGUCCCCGAGGAUACAGAGUUGAGGGGGAUAGAGGAGGUAGUGCCACUGCUGCAGCAAGAAGCCGUUGCUGAGGAGAACCCGUGGGAGGUGACCCAGCUGGGCCUUCACUCCCAGCCGUGGGAGGAGGAAGGAGCCCAGCUAGAUCAGGAGGAGCAGGAUUAUGGACCAGGCAUCAUCAAAGAAUCCUACCAUCUAGACGCCCAGGCCAAACUCAUCACUGUAGAGGAGGUGAUGCCUGCCUGUGGCCUGAUCUCCAUACUGAAGAAGCGCAGUGUGUGUGUGUCUGAGUGCCCUGAACCCGUCAAAGCUGCCGCUAAGAGACGGGUGCGUUUCAAAGUCGCUGACGACGGAUACGAUCAAGGUAAAGCCGUCGGAGGAGGGGACUCGUGCCUGCUCCUCUUCCUGCUUUGCCUCGUCACCGUGGUGAUCAGUGUCGGAGGGACGGCUCUCUACUGCGCCCUGGGCGACGCCCACUCCAGCGUCUGCCAGGACUUCUCCCGCAACGCAGACUUCUACGUGGGCCAGAUGCAGCGCGGCAUCUCCCACCUGCAGCACUGGCUGGCGCCCGGGUCGUAGCGGGGGGGCCGCCGCAGAGCAGGAGUGGAGCGCCUGGCACC